ACCUAUCGCCAGCGUUUAUAUAACUCUUUUGCUCAAAGUUUGUGAUAGUUGCAUUUUUUUUUCUUCAACUUUUUGGAUUACGUAAUUUUUCCUGCUUGCAAUGGGCAAAAAAAUCGACGACUUGGACAUCCGAGAAUUGCCUCCAGAUUUGAUGGAGCACGCAAUUAAAAAUCUGAACGAAGAUCCAAAAAGGAGAGCCGCUGACGUCCAGGCCAUUCGGGACUGGCUAAAAAAGCAGCCGCACAUCAAAGGCUCGCUAGACGACCAGACCAUCGUCAACUUCCUGCGUGGCUGCAAAUUCAGCUUGGAACGAACCAAAGAGAAGCUGGACAUGUACUUCACCGUCAAAACUGCGCUGCCUGAAUUUUUCCAUGGCAGGGAUUUCAAAUCCAAAACCAUGCAGGAAAUUUUGGACCUGGCAUUUUUCUUCCCUUUGCCCGAGCCUGACGAACAAGGCAGAAGAGUUUUUCUGCUGCGUGGUGGAAUGAACGAUCCGAACAAAAUUAAAAUGGAAGAUGUCUUUAAAGCAAAUUUCAUGAUGAUGGACAUGAUCAUUAGAAAGGACGAUAGAGCCAUUGUUAAGGGGUCAGUCUACGUGAUGGACAUGGGCAGCUUAUCAAUGGGGCAUGUUUCCCAGAUGACACCAAGCUUUGUGAAAAAAGUUUCGGUUUGCUCCGAGGAGGGAUUUCCCGUUAGACCGCAAAGCCAAAAUUUCAUUAACACGCCGUCUUUCUUCACCAUGAUCUACAACAUAUUCAACACAUUUGCAAAGGAGAAAAUCAGACAAAGGAAUGCCGUUCAUGGACACAACAUGGAGUCUCUGUACAAAAAUGUGCCGCAGAGACUUUUGCCUAGCGAGUACGGAGGCACCGCGGGACCCAUUGAGAAAAUAAACAGUGAUUUCGUGAGGGAACUUCUUGAGUUUAACGACUGGUACUUGGAAGACGCCAAAAGCGGAGUGGACGAGAAGAAACGGCCUGGCAAACCAAAAACAUCGCAAGAUCUCUUCGGUCUUGAAGGAUCAUUCAGGCAACUGACCGUCCUGAGGAGAAAACGCGUGCGCCUCGUGCACUUUCUUAGUUUUAUUCGAGUGUUGAAAGCUAUGGCUGACGAUGUGGGUAAUUUGAAAAUCCGGCCCCUGCCGCCUGAUCUUUUGGAAUAUGCCAAGAAAAAGUUGCACGAAGACCCCAAAAGAAGAGCCUCAGAUGUGCAGGCGAUUCGCGAGUGGCUGAAAAAACAGGCGCACAUCAAUGCAGACCCAGACGACCAAUUGAUUAUCUCCUUUUUGAGGGGAUGCAAGUUCAGUUUGGAGAAGACGAAGGAGAAAUUCGACAUGUACUACACAAUGAAAACGAUGGUGCCAGAGUUUUUCAAAAAUCGCGACCUCACGAAAGAUGCAGCCUUGAAAGAAGUUUUGGAACUUGGGUACUUUUACCCCUGUGGAAUAGACGACGAGGGUCGAAGGGUUUAUCUUUUCAUAGGGGGUAAAGAUGAUCCCUCGAAAAAUUGUGUAGUCCACAUGUUGAAAAUGAAUUUCAUGGUAAUGGACUACUUCAUGAUGAACGAUGACGUAUCUGUGGUGAAGGGGGUGGUCAUUGUCAAUGACAUGUCAGCAAUGAAGAUGGGCCAUGCAACUCAAUUUCUACCAAGCAUAAUUAAAAAAGUUUCAGUUUGCUCCGAGGAAGGUUUACCAUUUAGGCCCCAGGCCAUGCACAUGAUUAAGAUGCCCACUUUCAUGGAAACUCUGUUCAAGUUAUUCCAGUCUUUCAACAAGGAAAAAAUGAAUAAGAGAAUACAUGUCCACGGGAAAGAUCUUGAAUCUUUGUUCAAAAAGGUUCCGAAGCGAGUGAUGCCUAAGGAAUUUGGAGGUGAUGGACCAUCAGACGUAGAACUUGCAGAGGAUUUUAUUUCAAAAAUAUAUGCUUUCAACGACUGGUAUGUGGCGGAUGAAAAGAGCGGCGUGGAUGAGAAGAAGAGGGUAGGAAAAUCAAGAACAAAAGAAGAUUUGUUUGGAAUGGAAGGCUCUUUCCGACAACUUACGCUAGAUUGAUUUUCAUGCAUCGAAACAAUAAAUAAACCAUUAUAAAAUAAUAAGGACUUU